UCACCGUUAAGUAGAGGGUUGUCAGUCAGUAAAUAUUUUGUCUGAUGGAAUGUUAGAAGAAAAUCAAAAUGUCAGAAACCAUAGAAAUCCAGGAAAAUGGUGUGCAGAAUAAUGGCUACAUCUCAGAUAAGGAAGAGAAAAAGCAAAGUACUCUUCCGAGAGAACGAAAAGUGUCAUAUGUGGAGGACACCGGAAAUGAACCUGCUAAGAGCGAUACCAAAGUGGAGUUGCAAUCGGAAGGCUUCGACCGUCUACUGUACAAAACCAGCGAAACCCCACCUAUUCAUUUACUUCUUCUUUUCGCAUUCCAGCAAUUCUUGAUGUCCAUUUCGGGAACGUUGGCAGUCGUAUUGAUAGCAUCCAAAGUAAUCUGCGCCGGGGACGAUGAAGAAUUCGUGGCGUACAUAUUAAGUUCCUCACUCUGUAUGAAUGGGGUCUGCACAAUUUUAAUGAACACCAUCGGAGUCAGAUUACCUCUUUAUCAAGGGGCUUAUGGCGGGUAUAUUCUGCCGCUGUUGACACUAUUGGAAAUUGACCCAAAUAAGUGUAAAGUGAGAACUACUUUCCAAGGAUUAAAUUCCACGAACGCUUCUUUAGAGAUAACGGUCAGUGAAGAAUCACAAUUACGGGGCGUUAUCUUAAGAAAUAUGCGGGAGUUACAGGGGUGUUUGAUGCUUGUGGGGGUGAUACACAUGUUGAUGGGAGCCACGGGACUUAUCGGGGUACUCCUCCGCUUCAUCGGUCCUGUUACUGUGGUCCCCACCAUCUUACUACUGGGGAUUGCCGUGGUGGAUCCCAUUUUAGACUUCUGCGUACCGAACUGGGGAAUCUCAACUCUUGUAACUGCCACCGGCUUUGUGCUGGCCUUCUAUCUAGCCAAGUAUAACAUGCCUGUAGCUGUGUGGACGCCGAAGGGCGGGUGUCGUGUUGUUAAGUACCCGUUACAUCAGGUGUUUGCUAUCCUUAUUUCCAUAGUAAUUGGCUGGGUAGUUAGUUGGAUAAUUACAGAAGCAGGUGGAUUUACAGAUGACAAGACAGAUAAAGGUUAUAAAGCUCGCACUGAUGCUCGUCUGAAAGGAAUUUCAGCAGCAGACUGGUUCUUUUUUCCCUAUCCAGGCCUACAUGGACCCGUUUCGUACUCAACACCAGUUUUCCUGGGAUUUUUAAUAGCGACAUUUUUGUCCAUUUUGGAUUCAAUUGGAGAUUAUUACGCAUGCGCAUCUAUGAGCCACGUACCUCCUCCCCCUCAGCAUGCGGUAAAUAGAGGCAUUAUGGUGGAGGGAAUAGGGACUAUACUGUCUGGGGCUGUUGGGGCAACGCAAGCCACGACAACUUAUGGCGGCAACAUAGGUUCAAUAGGUGUAACAAGAGUUGCCAGUAGAAGUGUUUUUAUCGGGUGUGGCAUUCUCUUAAUCAUCUUUGGACUUUUCGGGAAGCUGUCCGCCUUGUUCAUUUCGAUCCCAUAUCCAGUUCUCGGUGGCUCUCUGAUAACAAUGAUAGGAAUGUUUAUCGGGGUCACGCUUUCUAACCUCAGACCAAUUUCUCUGACGUCUUCUAGAAAUUUAGCUAUUAUUGGAACCUCUAUUUUAAUAGGUCUUCUGAUACCAGAGUGGGUAAAAAAGUAUGGCAGUGAUAUAGACACAGGGUACCAAGACGUAGACUUCAGUUUGAAAGGUCUUUUUGGAAAUUCUAAUUUUGUGUGUGGUAUUUUAUCCUGCUUUUUGGAUAAUACAGUUCCAGGUACGUUAGAGGAGAGAGGAAUAGCUGCCUGGCAGUCAGAAGAGGAGGAGGAAAGUACUAAAUCUUUAUCAAUGACUUUUGAGGAAGGAAAGGAAAUCUACGAAAUACCACUGCCGAGAAAAAUUAAAAUGUGGUCAGGUUGGAGAUAUAUUCCCUUCAUGCCGGAUCCCAAGAGAGAAAAGAAAGAGAGAAGUCUAUCUGGUCAGUGGUCUCGUAGAAAGAGCUUGGUGACAGGUGUCGGGAGCACUGGCUAUUAGAAUAAAAUUUUGGUGUUAUAUUAGAGCAUGAACAUAUAGCUUGUGUUGUGCUGAUGGCUUGCAUUUGGAAGACAAAGACUGUCUUUUUAUGUAUUUCUGAACACACGUGAUGACCGCAUCAACCCAGAGUAAAAUUAAAAAGUUUUGUAACAUUGAUUAUUGAUUAUUACUUGAUGAAAGUUUUAAAUGUAUAUAUAUUAUAUGUAUAUAUGAUAAAUAAAUAUAUCAGAUCAAUUUAUACGUUUUGUAAAGAAUGAGAGGGUUGAUAUUAAGUAGUUUGUUCAAUGUAUGGACCAAGUUAUUGAUUUAACAUAAUACAGAAUACAACACGUUUGUUUUAUAGAAUUUUUAUUUUGCUAAUUCAUGAAAACAACAACAAAUACUUUGUAACACAUUACGAUGUACAUGUCCCCAAGAAUGACAAUGAAUUUCUCUGUCAAAGGCUCUUAAGAAAUAUUUUUAAAAUUUGGAGAAAAAUUCUAUUGGUAGGCAAAAAGAGGCUUCCGAAUAUUUGAAUUAAAAGGCAGUUGAAGAGAAAUAAGCAAUAUAUAGUAGAAAGAUAUAUGCAAGCUGUGGUCCAGAAGGGUUUAACAUUGAUAUAUGGACAGAGGUUUUAUGUUGUGAGUUUGCAUGCUAUCUGUAGAGCAAAUGUGAAGAUGUUUUCUUUUUCUCUGUAAGAAUCUCAAAAAGCACUGAAUAUAUAUAUUUUUUAAUCUAUAGGAUAUAUAUUUUCUUCACAAAAAAAGAGAAAUUAUAUCUAAGAAUAAGGAAAAAGAAUAUAGAACAUUAUUAAUGCAGAACCCCUUAAAUAAUAUUGUGUGCUUCUGCGUGUAAUUCAAUUGCUGCAUGUAAAAUAAUGAUUACUUUUCAUUAAUUUCUU